AUGACCAGAAAUCUGGACUCCAUUCCCUACGAUGUCUUCUAUCAAGUCGCCUCGAAGCUUGAUUGCCAUGACUACAUCCAUCUCAGCAGAGUCAAUUGGGCCCUCAAUACAUUAACCAAAAGCGAUUCAAUCGCUCGGAACACCGUCAGAAGCGAUCUACUUCACACAAGAGAAGGCAGGGAGGCCGACCGGACCAAGACUGGCUACCGCAGGGCUGUCGGGCGUUUGUACGACGUCAAAGAAUCCUUUGCCACUGCACAGCCGUAUUCAGCAUCGGUCCUCGGCUAUGGGAGCUCGUUCCUCUACGCUGGCGGCUCGCUCUGCUACAUCUACAACGAUGAGAUCCGCGCACUGGACGUGCGUGGUGCCAGUCGCGUUGAGCAGGUCUUGAAUCUCCCCAACGUCCUACGUCGUGCAGUGCCCGAGUGCAACCCGGAAAAUGGAACGACGACCAUUUCUCUUUUAAACUACAGCAAUUGGGUCAUUGCAUUCUUGGUGGCAACUCCUGAAACGCCUGGUGGUUGGAUCCUCGCCGUAGACCUCCAGCGCCGGUCAACGUACGGGAAGAGCGGCCGUCUCAGGCUCAAAGUCCAUGUUGACGCAACAAAUCGAUUGUUUGUACGACACAAUCGGUCACACCUUUACUAUGGGACGCACUCCGCCGUCGGCACUCGCGGGUACAACCAAUGGGAAGUGAAUUGUGCGGAUCUCAACACCGGAAAAGUCUCAAAACCCAACAACAUCGUUUUGGACAACUUUGCCGGCAAUGAGAUCGGCCAGACGGUGUGUUUUGAAGUCUAUCAGGACCACCUAUACGCCAUCUCCACGUUGGUCGACUUUGAAGAGGAAGAGGUGGACUGGACCUCAUACUACGUCUGGAUCUGCCUGGACCCCAGUCUCAAGUUAUCCAAGGAGGGUGUCAAGACUCACCGCACCUGGCGUCGACAGCACCGCGAAGGUCCAAUCAAUGACACUUGGUCAGAUCUCUCGCUCCGGGAAGACGAAGCAACCGGGCAACUUAUGAUCCUAGAGUGCCGCAGGGAGUGGCGACUUGGUGGCAGCGAGAACUGCCGGACAUACUACGUUCAGCCCCUCCCAGCACCAGCGGAUGUGGACAAGCAACAGCCCACAUCCGAUUAUUAUUUGAAAAUACCUCUACCUGACGAGCCUAUCACCAAAACCCUGGAUCCGUCAUGCAAGCCCAACUAUGAGCCACCACGGAAGCGACUUCGCAGACACUAUCACCCCGAGUACGAGGAAGGCGUCGAACCGAAACCCAAACGGGACUUUAUUCUAGCAAAGACCAAGUUCCGCUCAUACAAUGUUCCCGCAUCAAGUUAUCUCGACCUUGUAAAUGACCCGCUUCCAAGAGGCGUCGGCGGUGGCGGCCUCGUACCUCGGGAUCGAAUGAGGGUGCGUGUGGUUUCUCGGAAGCGAAAAUGUCCUAUUGACGAGGAAGGCAUCGAAGGAGGUCCCGGGUUCCUGUUCAAGCGUGAACUUAGCGAAGCAGACGGCCGUGAGGUGGAAAACAGUGAAGAGCGGUUUGAGACUCGGGGCGUCCACCUUUGGCCCCCAGAUGACGCUCCACCGGAGCUGAACCACUUACUCUGCCCUUCCAAGCGAACCGGUCAAGUCCAUGCCAUUGUUGACGAUCGAUCGAUUGUGUAUUCCAUCAACCAGGACGGGCUCAGUCCUGGUGACCAGGCAAUCAUCCUCAUCAACUUUGACCCUGCCUUGCGGCUCCCGGGUCUCAGGCGCCUGAACUUUGGCAGCUACGCUGACGCCCCAGAGAAGGCGGAAGCCGUUGGCAUCAAACGGCCCCAGGCGAGCGACGUCGGACAACAAGACCGGGCAGCCAUGCACACAACCGUUUCGGGGAAGCGGGCGAACCAAAACGUGCCAGCUGUCCGCGAAGAGCGUGCAAUGUACCUUGACAUAAGCCGUGGUUUUUGGCUCCGGUGA